GCGACUCGCGUUGCUAGAUAGGGGAAACCCGUCCGCAAAACUCGCAACGAACUUCUCGGCUCGGAAUCAGACCAGCGGCCAGAGUAUUUCAAGAUGGCGGCAAAGAGCGGUGGUGUCGUCGAUUGGAGUUCUAUUAUAAAACCGAUUUUCGCAGCCUAUUAUGGAUCUUUCAACAAAACUGAUAUUAUCGAGCUAGUCAAAGCUGUCAUACAGAGUGAAGCAGAGUUAGUCUCACACGAUGAAGAAUACGAAGCUUUCUACACAUCUUUUGCUGCAUUAGCAGCCGAUUAUAUUGGUUCCUGUGCAAAUAAUUAUUCUAAAAGUCAAAUACCUAUUGUUUGGCAAGCAUGUCGGAUAUUACUGACAUAUUUGGUCGGCAAAUUGCCACAACCAAGUUCACAAACAGGAGAGAGCAGUGCUUCAACAAUAUUAACCACAAGGCAAUUAUUGCUACCCAUCCGAGCACUAUGUGUUGGACAGUCUUUACUUGCAAAAUCAGAGGAAGUUGUUCUAAUAACUAUUUUAAAGAAUGCAAAACUUCCUCAAAGCGUAAAAAGUUCACCAACAAGUGGAGAAAAAGAAGGUACUCCACAACCUAUAAAAGAAACAAAGAGAGCUCGCAGUGACUUAUCAACAAGUAUUUUAGAGCAAUUAACUAUGCCUUUGCAAGAUUUUGCUAUUAGCAAUGAUAUUGCCCUUGAUACGGCUAAUAAAUCUAAUUCAGAGGCAACAAAUACUGAACAAGGAGCAGAUACAAAGAUGAUGUUCACUGCAAAUAAUAUAAAUACAUUACAAAGUAUGGGAGCAGGAGAUAUGCUUCUUAAUAUGUGCUCUAAUUUACCACAUUUAUCGCGUUAUGCAAGAAAAUACCAAGCAUAUUUAAACAGAAAAAGUUUCUGUCUACCAGCAAAUCAAUUGGAAGCUCAAUCUAUUCGUCACAGCCUUCAUUCAGUUGUCAAUGACAUUAAUAUUGUGCAUAGUGUAGUUUCAUUACCAAUUCUUGAGCCAUUGACACCAGCAAAAUUGGAAAAAUUAUCAUUGGUGACCAUGUCUUGUUUAUAUUGUUCGAUUGCCAAUGCUACAGCAUCAAGCAUAGUUGGUAUCACUAAUGCAAUUUCACCAAAAUGUAGUUCAAAUACAAGUGCAAAUCCACAAAGUAGUCAAAGUACCAAAAGUACAGAAGAAGAAUAUGAUGCAUUAGCCAUAACUGUUGUAGAAAGAAGUUUAGAAAUUUUUACUUUAGUAUCGAAUAUCAUUAGACAUAGCACAAGAGCUGGUGGACAUAUUCUUCAAAAUCAUCUAAUGAUUGGCGUAUGGUUGUUGGUUGCUAGUUUACAAGUUCAAUUAUCUGUAAGUAGCUUUAGUGUUACAGAUAAAGGCAAAGAAGAGAAGGGAAAAUCGCCUAGUAAAGCUCGAGAUGGUAGUGGCCGCAUAAAUUUAAUGAAAGUGCAACAAGGUUUUGGAGUAUUAUCUGUAGCUUUAGCAUCGCAUGCACUCACAUUGAUGGGUGCACUGUUAGAGGAUGUUUCUGUUGAAGCUGGUAUAGAACAAGUUCCACCUCCAGAACCGGCUCCUCUGGAUAUUUUAGCGACUGCAACAGCUUUGGAAAGAGUAUCCACUUUCUUUCAAGCUGCACCUUUAAACCACUUGCUAUUUUAUUUGGCUACUAUAAGCUACCGAAAAGCUUGCACACUUAAGAGAGUACAAAAACAUCCUCUUGAAGGAGACACAUUAAGUCAGUCUGAUUCCACUACAUACUAUGAAGACUUGUAUAGUUGUUCUGAAAGUUCUACUGAUCAAGAAGAGGAUAGUGAGCCCAUUUUAGGUCUUUGGUUUGAAGAAACUUUAGAUUCAUCUGAUGGACCACCAGCUAAUACAUCAAAAGAAAGUAAUGAAGAAGCUAAUACAGAACGCAAUGCAACAGUUGUUCCUGAUAACCGAGAGCCUCAUGGGUAUAUUUCGUUAGCAACGAAAAUCUUUCAAUUUAUGAAUCAACAUUUAAUUGGAAGUAGGAGCGCGUAUGUACGAGAAUAUGUUGUAAAUGGCUUAGUGGAACAACAAAUGGUUAUAUUAGCCGCGAUAAUAAGAGAUUUAGAUCACGAAGCAGCGCGCACAGAGACAGGUACCAUUUCUGUUUUUUAUGGUGCCACAUUGGGUGCAAUGUACUCGGAAUUUUCACAAGCUUUGAGUAGAUAUACCCAUAACCUAUUAGCAAGAAAUACUCUGAGUGAAACCCUACAAAAUACCUUACUUCAUCACUUGGGAGUCAGCCCAUGGUCUACUGAGAAUGCUAGUCCAUCUUCCUGGCCUUUACAAGUGUAUCCAAGAACUCUUAGUGUUCUAGCUCAGAUACUACUUUUAAAGCCGCAAUCCGAGAAAGAAGCUGCUUGUAUUAGUAUUUGGCAAAGAUUAGUAACAACAAUGGUAGAAAACGUUUGCAAUCCUCCAACAACUUUUGAGACUGAAAAUGAAGAUUUAAAUGUGGAGCAUGCCCAAUUGGUUCUUUUUUUGUUCCAUUCAUUAAAUUUAAUGCAGAAGAAAUCUGUACUGUUGGUAACUGGCAGUGGAGCAGUUCGAUGUAGUGAAGCUAUCAAAAGCCCAAUGAAGGAUUCGCAAAUAUUGCAUUUGUCGCGACUUUUACUUCUACUUGAAUAUAUGAUGAAGCAUUUGUAUGAUGCACCUUCAACGUUACUUGAACAAGUUCAGUGGAAUUUAUUUUCCGCUACUAAUUUAGUGUCAGAUACUAAAGAAGGAAAUAAACAAGCUUCAAGAAUUUAUACUCCAUGGAAAGAAAUCGAAGAUAAUUAUCGAAAGUUUGGACCGCAAGAUGAAUUUUCGAUGAAACCACGUUUUUAUAAUCUCACUGCUUAUGACUUUAAUAAUCAAGACACUCCUAAAUUAGAUGGAUUGGCUUGCAACUUUAUUUUGGGAACUCCGGAUAAGAUGAAAUAUCCCUUACUGGUUGAUGCCCUUAUCGAUAUUUUAAAUAUUUUAAAUCAAACCAGUUUACCAAGAAAAACUGGACCAGAUGGUAAAGAUAAAAUGACUUUCACUGGUCUGUGUGCAAUACAAUACUGUUUCUCCAUCUGCUGGAGAUUACUGCUUAUGCUGCCACCGUCAACGCCGUAUAUGGAUAAGCUUGCUUUGGGCGAAGAAAUACCAGCAGGACCACUGCUGCUUCAUUCUUUGAUUUGGGGCCCUAGAGCUGCCUAUAAAACAUUUACUGGUUGGAUGAAGGAUUGUUUGGUCAAACAAGGGAUGUAUACUCAGUAUGCCGAAAAUUUAUUAAAAACAGUUUCGUCAACUGUCAAUUCAUUAAAAUAUGACGUUGCACUUGCGAAAAAUUGCAUUAAAUCUUUGAAACCGGAAGUCAGCGCAACUGAAAAAAUAGUACCAAAAGCGUCGUUACCAAAAUUGAGUUCCCUCUGCAUUUUAUCGGCAGUUGUUGGAAAACUGCAAGUUUUAAUGGAUGAAAGUAUAUACAAGUCUGUUAAUGAUAAUAUUGAAGCAUCUAAAGUACAACAACCGGCAGAGUCUACAGCUUCAAAUGUAAAUAAAUUAGUUGUGGAUAUAUUACCACAUAUUUUAUCACUGACCGAUGCAAUGUUAGCUUCGUGUAGAUCUAGUAUUUUAUACCAAAUUCAAGAAACUUCUGAAAGUAGUAAAAAGUAUACAAUGAGAGAUUUUGUCGUGCUCGAUGAAGUUAUUUGUAUGAGCGGCGCCAGUUGGGCAAGUGAAGCUUCGUUAAUUAGUUUAUUACCAAACAAUGUACGGUCUGUACUUGAUAAGUGGAAAGCUAUUAAUAUUGCUCACGUUCCUUGGAAUACGUACGCUAAUGAUAUCAUUCCGGCCGAAAGUUACAUUUUGGCUACGAUUAAUCACCAUAUUAGCUCUUUAUCCGAAUAUGGGUCGUUUUCUAUCAAUCCAUCUUUGAAGAACUUGUUGUAUUCUUUGGUAUCGUUUAUAAUGGAGUAUGUAAAUUCCAUAACUGCACCAGAAAAUACCGACGCUCGCAUACAUCGACAUGCAACAGAUAUUCUCAUUUCUUUAACUAUGGAUGUUCGUAUGGAAUACUUCCAUGAGAUGGCUUCAAAAACUUUGAAUACUUUAAUCGGAGAACCUGAUAGUGAAACUCGACAGAUACGAGAGCAUUUGUUUGUACUUAAUCAUACAUACAAUUUAAUUGUUGACUAUACCAGCAACUUGGAAGACACAAUCAACAUAUCGAUCGAUGGCAAAAUAUUGAAACAAUGCAUCAAGUACUGGGAGCAACUAUUAGAAAAACCAGUUGGCUGUAAGGCUUUGGAUCAAUUUUUUGCACCCAGUACAAAUAGAACUCUCGUCUCAGUUCUUCUCUCCAUAGCAUCGCCACAAUCUUCCCAUCAAUUUAGUAAUCACGUAUUGCAUUUCUUUAAUAAACUUUUCAAAACAGUAUCAGAAAAAGAUAGCGACGGAUCCCUUGAUCGAUUGUGUCGUUCAGUGGCGAAUCUAGCUAAAGUAGAAAACGAGAAACUUCAGUCGUGGCUUGCACACGUUAUUCUCGGCUCAGCAAGUUUGUCUCCUAGUGCAUCUACGGCAGUAUUGCCUGCCCCUGCGUCUUCAGCAGAUCCCGCUACCACAACUUCCACUACGCCUGCUGCGGCUCCAGAAGAUGCACCUAAGAAUGGUGUGCCAAAUAAUGCGACUAAUAAUGAGCAAACUCAGGGACCAUGGCAGUUAACAUCACUAUUAACCGAAACGACGACACCUAAUAACCAAACAACAAUUUCCAAUGAUGAGCAACAGUCGUUGCAAGAGAAUAACCAAUUGCUCCGAGCUCUUACUAAUUACAUAGUCAAAGAGAACAGCAAUAUUAGCGAUGGUGUGUCAGUUACCAUUCUGCAAGCCCUCAUACCGAUAGCUUAUCGAAUUUUGUCGACAACACCGGAAGGUGUAAGCUUUUCUGAACUGAUGCAAGUAAUGUCGACUCUGGCUGACGCUGGAUCGGACAAGGGUCACAUCUUGUUGUUCCAAUCUGCUACCGAAUGGUUAGAGCUUUGCAAGCAACAAUUCCUAAGCAAAGAUCCAAAUCUUGAUAAAUCCUCGUCCUACAUUGAAGCUGGCUGCUGCAUACUCAAUUAUGUGGCCGAUAUCGUGAAUGCGGUUUGUCCACAGAAGCUCCUCAUCGGCCAGGAUCGCGCCACAAGUCCACCCUGGGAAGGCGCACAACCUACCAACGACGUUAACGAUAGCGAUUGGAUCGACGAGAUCGCUCACGAUGAGGAAGAUAGCGGCGCUGAAGACUCGGACGAGGAUAGUCUUUGUAAUAAGCUCUGUACAUUUACCAUCACGCAAAAAGAGUUCAUGAAUCAGCACUGGUACCAUUGUCAUACGUGCAAUAUGGUCGACGGAGUUGGCGUAUGUUCGGUUUGCGCAAGAGUAUGCCAUCGUGGACAUGAUGUGACUUACGCUAAAUAUGGAAAUUUCUUUUGCGACUGUGGCGCUAAAGAGGAUGCGUCGUGUCAAGCGUUGACCAAAAGGAGUCCCCAGAGUUCGGAACAUCCUACGAACAAUGGAGCUUCAUAUCAUGCAAGCUCCGGCACUGCUGAUAAUCACAUGAUGCUGACAAGUAGUCUGAGGCGCAGAGCAUCGAGUCCGGUGCAUUUUAAUGAGAAACACGAAAGGACUAGUAAAGAUAAGCAGAAACAGCUCGCUCUUGCAAAACAAUUAGAGGGAUCGAAAGAAUGGGUCUUAUCGAAACUGUGGGGUAGCGGAUUAGUUUCGUCCCUAGUACGACUGACUCGUGCCUUAAUACCAGCGGUAGAAAUGUCUUGUGAAAAAUUUUCUCCUGUUGGUUGUCAUUCACGAGCGCAAGCUGCUCUAUCACAACUCCACUAUGUGGAAAAAAAAUUUGAACAUACUGAUCAACUUAUGUUGCCAACACUAGGAUCUCAGGAAGGAGCAUUUGAAAACGUGCGCAUGAAUUAUUCUGGAGAUCAAGGACAAACUAUUCGACAACUACUAUCUGCUCACAUGAUCAGAAGAGUAGCGAUGUGUUGCUUAUCUUCUCCACAUGGCAAAAGGCAACACCUUGCUGUAUCUCACGAAAAGGGCAAGAUCACUGUUCUUCAACUAAGUGCUCUUCUGAAGCAAGCUGAUUCCUCCAAGCGUAAGCUUACUUUAACUCGUCUUGCGUCAGCUCCAAUCCCCUUCACGGUUCUUUCUAUGACGGGCAACCAGUGGAAUGAAGACUUCCUUGCAGUCUGUGGUCUCAAGGACUGCCACGUUCUGACUUUCAAUAGCACCGGCACAGUUUCUGAUCACCUGGUGCUCCAUCCACAUCUUGAAACUGGUAACUUUAUUAUCAAAGCGAUUUGGUUGCCUGGCUCACAGACGCAAUUAGCACUCGUUACCGCCGAUUUUGUCAAGAUCUACGAUUUAAGCAAAGAUGCUCUGAGUCCUCAGUACUUUUUCCUUGUGCCGACUGGCAAAAUUCGUGACUGUACCUUCAUCCAUACGGAGAAUAACGAGUUUCACCUACUGCUUAUGUCGUCUGCUGGUUAUAUCUACAGCCAAGCUAUGGACGAGGAAAGCCUCGCUAAACAUGGCCCUUUCUAUGUUACUCAUACACUCGAAGUUUAUCACUCGGAUAUUAAAGACAACGGGCAGGUUUGUGGCGGCGGAGUUUCGAUUUACUAUUCGCAUGCACUCCAACUGUUGUUCUUCAGUUAUGUAAGUGGUAAGAGUUUCGUUGCUCGCAUGAAAUACGUCGACGACAUCGACCUCGUUAACCUGAUUAACAUUACCAACAAAUCUAAUGGAAGUAGCGGAGGCAGUGGCAGUGGUAACAAAUCCAACAAUAAUCAACCUCAACCUUUGUGCCAGUGGAGCGAAGUAGCCAAUCAUCCAGGCCUUGUCUGUUCGGUUCUUCAGACUAGCAAUAAUCCAGUUAUUCUGAUGAUCAAGCCAACCACCAUUAUGAUCCAAGAGAUUAAGGUUGUGCCUGCAAAAGCCAAGAUAAUGGAUAUGGUGGCCAUAAGGCAUCCAAGCUCUAACGCCGAGCACCGCACAACAUUGAUUCUUCUUUGUGAAGAUGGAAGCUUGAGAAUUUACAUGGCUGCAAUGGAACAGACUGGUUUCUGGAUGUCUUCGAGCGUUCAGCCGGUUGGCUUAAUUUCAAGUUUAAAGCAGACUAAAAAGAAGAAGGCUUUAAAAGCGGGCAAACCAUCAGGCUCAGUUAACUUCCCCAUCGACUUUUUCGAGCAGUGUCAGGCAAUGAACGACGUUGAGUUCGGUGGCAAUGAUCUGCUACAGGUUUACAACGUCGUGCAGAUCAAGCAUAGAUUAAAUACUACCGGAAUGUAUGUUGUAUCUACAAAGGCGAUGGGCUUUAAUGUCGAAGUUACGAACAACGAUGCGACUUUGGUUAUGACGGGAAUCAGAGUGCAACUGGGAAGUCAGGACGUACAGCGAGCUCCCAUGUAUAUCGAAGUAUUCGGCAGAAGCAUACGAACAACACUGACUCGUAGUCGAUGGUUCGACAUACCACUGACACGAGAAGAAAGCCUUCAAGCGGAUAAGAAACUUACCAUUACUUUUGGACCUUCUCAAGAUCCAGAAGGCGUUAUCAUGGUCGAUUCUAUUAAGAUUUACGGAAAGACUAAAGACGCAUUUGGAUGGCCAGAAGAGCCUGAAGACAUACCCGCUGGACAGUCAACACCUGCUCAGGCUACAGCAGGAACGACAACUGGCAAUGAUGCAGAUAAUCCCACGGUUUCGCCUACACCUUUAAGUUCUGUGGAUAAACCGACAAAGGACGAAUCAAUUAAUAUCGAGAGAAUGAUCUCAAGUAUUCUUGAAGUACUAGAAUCAUCAUUUACAUUGUCCAAUGAUGAGUCGAAAGCACCAUUGAAGCAGACCGCAAUCGAAGUGGCUUCUACUUUGUUGACAUUGCCAACACCUCCUCCAGUACAAGUCCAUACAACAGCUCUUCUUGCAGCUCUGCACAACGCCAGAUCUGGUUAUCAUUCCCAUAAGGAUCAAGUGUUGCUGAACCAUGUACUUGAUUCACUGAAGGCAAUGCGAGAAACGGAGGAUCCUUGUGAUAUUGAUGCUGAAAAUUUCUAUCGAUUAGUUGUUAUAGUAAGAAGCAUAGCAGUCACACGUCCCCAAAAUUUGUAUAAAUUUGCUGAACAACAUUGUACAAAGACAAGCGAAGAGAUUCAUAUUCCUAUUUUGGAGCAAGAUAGGCCAACACCACAAGCAUCGACCAGCGAGAACAACAAUCCGCACUUAAUGCUUCAAUUGAUGAACGUUUUAUGGUUAUUACACGCUGCUUACCCAAAAAAUCUGGCUCUAGCUCCAGUAGUAGUACCGGGUCUCACGCACACUGAAGCCGUUAUUCAUGCUAUCAUUGAAAUUAUUCAUGCAUUCACUAUAUGCGACGUAGACGGUUUUACUCCGUUAGCAGCAAAGCUCUAUCUGCAGCUUCUACUUAGCUCUGAUACGACCGUCAGCUUUAAUGCGAAACAAGCUAUCAUUAAAGUUUUGCGCCCACGGUACAAGAAACGGCGGGUCUACAUACCAAGUCCGCCAAAUUAUACCGCUUCGAAUGCCACAGCACAAGUUGAAGAAAAGGCUACACCUAUAGUACCUCAGACACAACCACCGCCAGAGCCCGUUGAAGCAGACGAACAGUUCGACGUAGACAAUGUCGUGUCGAUGGUUCUGCUUGGUGGUGAAGGUUCUAAUCAGGCAGGUGCCGCCGCAGCUCGAGCUGUGAACCCUCUUGAGGCUUUGCUGGGUCCGGGAGGCUUCCCCCAGUUGUUGGAUAUGCCGCAAGCCGAGGAUGACGAAGCCAUGGUCGAACUUGCUAUCGCCCUUAGUUUACAAGAUCACGAGGGUGGGGCACCUAUGCAGGCAUUGCAACAAGGCUUACAACAGAGUCUAGCCAACUUACAAGGGCUCGAAGCACAUCUUAGCGGACAAGCUCUGCAGAGUUUACAAGCACUGGCUGCACAGGGUCUAGGUCAGGCACAGGGUGCCGCUCAGGCUCAAGAGGCAGGUCAUUAUUCUGAUACAACUGCCUCGGCUGGUGGUUCGGAUGAUGAAGGUUCGACAGCUGCAACUGAUGGUAGUACGCUAAGGACAUCACCUGCCGAACAAGGUGGCAGUGGAGGCAGCAAAGGAAGUGAGAGUGGUGGCAGUGAAAGCGGCGGUAGCGCUGUUGAUAGUAUAAUGGGGGAGCACAGCGUCUCGGGACGCAGCUCUGCCUAUGGAGAUGGUCAGGCAGAUGGUAUGUCUGCUGCAGGUAGCAGAUCCAACCAACAAGCUCGUUCUGAGAGCAGUUCCAUCAACGCACCCGCAACCUUUGCUGGUACCAGUCAAGAAGGAACUACGGAACAAGAACAAGGAAUCGAGCCAGAAAGCGAUGUUGCUGGUGAAAUCACAACAAAUCUGCACGACGUGAGAAUCAUGCUGCUGGAUAAACUUAUGCAGUUCAUACCAAAUCUAUCAAAUGUUCCUGGAGUUCGAGCCAUUCCCUUCAUGCAAGUUAUUUUGAUGUUGACAUCUGAUCUGGAUGGUCAAGAUGAAAGAGAUAAAACUUGCUUCGCGAACUUACUCAAUCUAUUUGUCAAGGAGCUUAACAUGGAGACGCCUGACGUGGCUGAUAUAUGCGCCAGAACAAAUAAACGAGAAGUCCAUUUAGUUAUUAUGCGUUUAUUAAGUGUCUUGAUGUCCCGGUCAAAAUAUAACACCAAGAGCCAAUCUGAAAGUUCUAACUUUACAUCUCAAAUGACAGCAGCAAUCUUAAGUAAAUCUGGUGUUAUCGAUUAUUGCCUAAACUUGUUGAAGGCGCUGCUUGAGUAUUGGAAAACUGUUUCUACCGAUGAUUCGGGAGCUGUUAUUGGUGGACAAUUGCUUAAAGAACAUUUAACUACUUCCCCGCCAGAUAUGUCACCAUUCUUCCUACGACAAUAUGUUAAGGGUCAUGCAAAUGAUGUGUUUGAACCUUAUCCUCAAUUGUUGACAGAAAUGGCUUUAAGAUUACCGUACCAAGUUCAUAAGUAUGCAGAAAGUAAUACAAUUCAACCAGCCUUUGAUCAGCAAUCGUGGUAUUUCUACCUGUGUGAGUACAUGAUGUCAUAUCAGACACCAUUUGUACGUCGACAAGUUCGAAAACUUUUACUGUUCAUUUGUGGCAACAAGGACAAGUACAGACAGCUUCGCGAUCUUCAUGCAUUAGUAUCGCACGUGAAAUCUGUGCAGCAAUGUUGCAAUACUGGAGGCUAUGAUGUUCUUGAACCAAUACCUCAUUCAAUCAAUUUACCGUAUGACUCCUUAGUAGAGUUGAUUGAGCAUCUCAAGUGCUGCGUUGAGAUAGCUACGAGUCGUACUGGCAACUGGCAAAGAUUCUGCUUGAAACACAACACUGUGUUGUCUUAUUUGUUUACGAUUUCGACACUUCUUGAUGAAGGCGUUAGUCCAACUGUUUUACAGUUGCUUCAAUGUGCCAUAUGUGCUUCAUCUAAAUCAAAGGACAUCAAAGGAAAAGAGUUAAAAUCUGCAAUAAAUACAAAAGAAAGACGAGAUCGCGAGAAAUCUGAAGAUUCCGAUACAGAAGCUAAAUUUGAAGAGACGCAAUGCAUCAACUUGGUCGAACAAAUUCAGAAGCAAGUGUCACCAGCUCUUUUGACCAAAUUCAUACAGACAUUCCUUUUGGAAACAAAUAAUACAAACAUUCGUUGGCAAGGUCACUCUUUGGUCCUUGCAAUUUAUAAAAACUCAAGUCCUGCUGAUCAAGAAGGUCUUCUCGAUCAUUUAUGGCGUUUAUGGCCGCUGUUACCUAUGUAUGGCCGUAAAGCUGCGCAGUUCGUCGACUUAAUCGGGUAUUUCUCUCUUCGAACACCUCACACAGGCAAGAAGAUGUAUUCCUACAUGGAACAGGCAGUAGCUGUACUUCACGCUCAGAACCAACUUCUGUCCCGUCAUCCAAAUGCCAAUCUCUAUGCAAACUUGGCUCAAUUUGUUGAGCUUGAUGGUUAUUACUUAGAAAGCGAGCCCUGCCUUGUGUGCAACAAUCCUGAAGUUCCAAUGAGUACCAUUAAACUAUCUUCCAUCAAAGUUGAUUCCAAAUUUACCACGACUACGCAAAUUAUUAAGCUCGUUGGCAGCCACACUAUCAGCCGUAUAACCCUUCGUAUUGGAGAUCUAAAGCGUACGAAAAUGGUUCGCUCUAUCAAUGUAUUUUACAACAACAGGACAGUUCAAGCUGUUGUAGAAUUAAAGAACAAACCAGCCAUGUGGCACAAGGCCAAGAAGGUAACCUUGGUUCAGGGCCAAACCGAAGUAAAGAUGGAAUUCCCAUUACCGAUUGUUGCGUGCAACCUUAUGAUCGAGUAUUCCGAUUUUUACGAGAACAUCCAAGCUUCGUCAGAGACUCUACAGUGUCCUCGUUGUUCGGCCAGCGUGCCUGCUAAUCCAGGAGUCUGCGCCAAUUGUGGUGAGAACGUGUUCCAGUGCCACAAGUGUCGAGCCAUCAAUUACGACGAAAAAGAUCCGUUCCUUUGCCAUGCUUGCGGAUUCUGCAAGUAUGCUAAGUUCGACUACACGCUCACCGGUAGACCUUGUUGCGCCGUGGACCCGAUAGAGAGUGAUGAGGAUAGAAAGAAGACUGUUGUCACAAUUAACACUUUGCUAGAGAAGGCUGAUAGAGUUUACAAGACUCUGAUAGCAAAUAAGCCUACACUAGAAAUGUUACUGGUGAAAAUAUCGGAACAUCGAUUGGACAGAUCAUUGGAUGAUGGUGUCACAACCCAAACAACCACUGGCAGCACGCAGGUUAACCGCGCCAUACAGCUGCUUGCCCAAAAAUACUGUGGUGAAUGUAAGAUAUCAUUCGAAGAACUAAGUAAGAUCAUACAACGUGUGCUGGCCUGCAGACGCGAGCUUGUUGCAUACGAUAGAAAUCAACGGGGACAAGGUACCAUACAGUAUCAACGUGCAAGCUGCGUCAGCGAUUGUACAGAGAAAAACACAUCUCCAGCCAAUCCACCAGUUGGAAGGUGUUACGGUUGUGCUUCGUCCGCUACCGAGCACUGCCUCACGCUGCUUCGAGCACUAGCGACCAACAGUGCGGCCAGGGAAGUUUUAUGCAAGCAGGGACUGAUUCAAGAGUUGGUAGAGCACAAUUUGAGGAGAGGUACAAUUCAAGUACAGGAGGAAGUGAGGCAGUUGCUUUGCCUGGUUACUCGAGACAACGCACAGUCUACGAAAGAGUUGUGCUCGCUGUUAACGAACAGGGUAACGAUGACGUUGAGGGGCAGAGUCGUAACGUCCGACCUGUCCACUGCCGUGAGACAUGAAAUGGCUUUACUUGGAGCUCUUAUACAGAAGGAAGAUACUUGCUGGGAACAGAAAUUAAGAUGUGUGAUGCAACUUUUCUUGAUGGCCUGCAAAGAUUCAAAGAGUCCGGUUGUCAUGGAAAGUAUUAUACUGCCUUGUUUGAAGAUUCUACAGAGUCUGUUAAAACCUGAACAACCAAUCUCAAAGAAGAAUAAGGAUAAAACAAUCGAUUCAUUAGCAACGGUUCAACCACCUGAUGGUGUAAGUAUCGACUUGGCAAAGUGGUUAGAUGGAGAUUCAAAAUACUCUUAUGCAGAGUGGUUACAACGAAUGCCAGGAAAGAAGUCUGACUCUCAUCAAAAUAAGCCAUUGAAAAAGGAAGAAGCCCGCAUUCUCUAUUUAAGCGAAAAGUACGGCCAUCGGUGGUAUUAUCGCUGUAUGCGUCUUCGAGGUAUCCAGCCACUCAAACUUACCAAUGGGUCAUGGCUCAAGGAAGUCAUUUUCAAUCCAAGUUCACGUCUGGCUCGUCAAGUUGUUUGUAACAUGGUGGAGAACUUAUGUCAAGGUACCGACCGGAAGAAGGAAGUUUUACUCUUGUUGACUGGUUACCUUGAUGAGUUGUGCGUCGCUGGCGAGAGCAGCGCUGAGUAUCUCGCACUUUAUCAGAAUUUGAUAAGACAGGCACCGUGGAAGCAGUUCCUUGCUGUUAGGGGAGUCCUAAAUAUAUUGGCAGAUCUGUUGACCAAAGAGAUUGCCGAACUGCACAGACUGGAGGAGACAACCCUCACUAGCGAUUUGGCUCAGGGUUACUCACUGAAAAUGCUAACGGAACUGUUAGCUACCUUCCUCGAACAAGAAAACAUCAAGCAGCAGUACAAAGGAAGGCUAGUCGGAGCAGUUUUGAACGGAUACUUAUCCUUGAGACGACUCGUCGUGCAGAGAACCAGGCUCAUCGACGACACGCAAGAGAAACUCCUUGAACUGCUUGAAGAAAUGACCACCGGUACCGAAGAAGAGACCAAAGCAUUCAUGUCAGUUUGCGUCGAAACGGUGCAGAAAUACAGUCCCCAGGACAUUCGCACUCCAGUAUUUAUAUUUGAAAGGCUGUGUUCGAUUAUUUAUCCAGAGGAGAACGACGUAGGCGAGUUCUUCCUAACUUUGGAGAAGGAUCCGCAACAAGAAGACUUUUUACAAGGCCGUAUGUUAGGAAAUCCAUACAGUAGCUUAGAACCUGGUUUAGGGCCGCUGAUGCGCGACGUAAAGAAUAAAAUCUGUCAAGACUGCGAAUUGGUGGCAUUGUUGGAGGACGAUAACGGAAUGGAGCUGCUCGUCAAUAACAAGAUCAUCAGUUUAGAUCUUCCAGUAAAAGAGGUUUACAAAAAGAUUUGGGUACUCGAAGGCGGGGAGUGCGACGCGAUGCGAGUCGUAUACAGGAUGCGCGGUCUUCUGGGCGAUGCCACUGAGGAGUUUGUCGAGACCCUGAAUGUCAAUAGCGAGCAAGAGGUGAACAACGAAGAAGUGUACAAGAUGGCGAAUGUUCUCGCGGAUUGUGGUGGUCUUCAAGUGAUGAUCGAACGCUUGGCAUCGAUACAGGACGUCAACAGGGCCAAACCUUUACUACAAGUAUUAUUAAAGCUCUUCAGGCUUUCCGUCAAGGUUAAGAAGAAUCAAGAGGUUUUGAGCCAACCAGAGUUGGGAGCGGUAACUGUUCUGCUCGAUGUGCUGCAACGGGUUAUCGACACUGACUCCGACAACUCACAGUCGAAAGUUACAGAGCAGCUACUUGAUAUUAUGGAGACUAUUCUGUCAAACGCAGCUUCUCAACCAUUGGAGACAUUUGAGGAGUUUUCUCGAACUUUAGGCAGCCCAGAGCACGUCAAGGCUCUUCUCUCGUGUACCCAGUCGACUGCAGUUCGGACAAGCGCGAACGUUCUACUGCAUCUCGCAAGGGUGCUAGCAGCUUUGACAUACGGCAAUAAGGAAAAGAUGGAACUGCUUUGCGACUAUUUUAAGCCUGUAUUAAACUUCUACAAAUUUGACUUUGAACAUACGCCCGAAGACGAACAGAAACUUGAACUGUUCUGCGUAUUGACCCAAGGCAUCGAGAGGAAUGCCAUAGGAAACACCUUAAAAGAUCAUAUUAUCAGCAUGAACAUUGUAAAGGAUGCUUUUGAAUAUAUAACGGUCCAUGCUCCUUGCGUAAAACCAACACUUCUCCGAACCGACAGUGACGAACUGAAAGAUUUUAUAUCGAAACCAGCACUGAAAUAUAUAUUACGGUUCCUCACUGGUCUGGCUACGGAUCACGAACCAACACAGCUUGCCGCAUCACAGUUCACAAUCAGUAUAAUUCAUAGACUGGAACAAGUAUCAUCUAAUGAACACGUAGGCUCGUUGGCCGAGAAUUUAUUAGAGGCCCUUUGCACAAACAAGAAGGUCGCAGAACUGAUCGAAGAAGCCCGGCAACACACUCGUAGCGAGAAGAAACGCUUGGCUAUGGCCAUGCGGGAGCGACAACUUGGUGCGUUAGGUAUGCGAACCAACGAUAAGGGCCAGGUCACGGCUAGUGGUACGAUACUUCAGCAAAUGGAGGAUCUAGGCGACGAGACCGGCUUAGUAUGCGUCAUCUGUCGAGAAGGCUACAAAUUCAAGCCAAAUAUGGUUCUCGGUGUCUAUACAUUUACAAAGCGUUGCAAUGUCGAAGAAUUCGAGACAAAGCAGCGUAAGACUGUAGGUUAUACCACUGUCUCACACUUCAAUGUAGUUCACGUGGACUGUCACAUGUCGGCUGUGCGUCUGGCCCGAGCUCGCGACGAGUGGGAAAGUGCAGCUCUGCAGAACGCCAACACCAAGUGCAAUGGUCUUCUGCCACUAUGGGGACCGCAAGUACCCGAGUCGGCGUUCGCCAGUUGCUUGGCUAGGCAUAACACUUACCUGCAGGAAUGUACCGGCCACCGCGACAUCUCCUACUCGUCUACAGUUCACGAUCUCAAACUGUUAUUGUUGCGCUUUGCCCAGGAGAAGAGCUUCCACGAUGAUACUGGAGGCGGCGGUCCUCAAUCCAACAUGCACAUGAUACCCUACCUCAUUCACAUGGCACUUUAUGUUAUUAAUACCACGAGGUCAGCGUCAAGGGAAGACAAAGCUCUCAUCACUUACUUGGAAUCGAAUGCCGGUUCUCCUUGGCUGGAUAGUUGUUACGAAGCUGAGGGCCCGCUAUAUCAGUGUACCCUGUCCAUAUUAAUCUUGACACCGGCCCGUUGGAACAAGAACAAGUUAACGCAUCUUCGAAGACUGAUACUUCUCGCUCAUCAACGAUACGUAUCACCUUCGGCCACGACGAAAACUCUGCUCGACACCAAUGUCAAGGACUAUUCUGUCUACAAGAGCGUACUGAUUUUCUUCGGUCUUAUUGACAAUAUCUACGCACAUUUCUUUAAAAAAGUCAAUGUUUUGACUGAUGAUCAGUGGCCAGCUGUUUUGGCAGAAUACAUUAGACACAAUGAUGAAGCUCUGCUGAAAGCCUCCGAGAAAAUUCUCGCAGCUUAUCGAGAUGAGCUACUGCCUUGUGCCAGUUUCGAUGAAUUUUGCGAUGUCGCAGGACUGCUCGAAGAAAUUUCUAACCCCUCAACGUUUAUAAGCGAUCUUUUGCAAAGUCUCGCCUAAUCAAGUAAUGUUUUUUUUUUAAUUUUAAUUGAGCCUUACAAAAAAAAAAACUAACACAAGCGUUCUUUUUUUAUUGAUUUGCUUUCUUUAACGAUUAUUAUGUGAUAAAAACCAAACAUGGUGCGCGUGCCGCACAGGGGUGCGCGAGACAGUAAAUGGAUAAAAUAUCUGAAAAAAAUUUUAUUGUUUUAUAGUCUUGUAAAAAUUGUAGGAUUUUUCUCGUUACAAAUUGCGUGUAAUUCAUCGCGUCACAUUUCAUUUAUGUGCUUAUAUACUGAAAUACAAUCUGUAAGUUUACGAAUCGUAAUUUGAAAUAAAUAUGGUAUACAUCUUAAAAAA